AAGCGCAGACUGCGAGCUGCCGCAGCCGCCGCUGCCGCGGCCGCCAAGAAGGACGAGGAUGCACCCGAUUUUUUCUCCCAGCUAAAGGAAUUUAUUGGGUUUAAUCUCUCCGGUCAACGGCGCAGCGGUCGAAUCAUCCUGAUUUUUCUCUUCGCUCUAAAUAUCGGAUCCUUUAUUCUCUACCUCCUAGACGCCAACAAGGUGCGUUAUGAAAAGGGUCGGAGGAGUUUGGAGAUCUGUCUUCCCUUCAUGGAGAAUACCGUGCAGAAAAUUGAUUUAACCCUGAACAUCUGCUUUUUUAUGCAUUUCAUAGCACGAUUAAUUAUUACUGACAAUUACCUCCUCUUCUGGUUUGAAUUGUUCUCCAUAGUGGACAUUCUCACCAUCCCGCCGGCCUUUCUCGCCCUCUUUCUCGGGCGCAGUUGGUUGGGUUUACGAUUUUCACGUUGCCUGACUGUGCUCGCCCUCAAAGACGUCCUGCAGUAUGUCAACAUUCUGAGAUCCAGUACCGCGAUACGCCUAUGCCAGUUGGUCACCUUCUUUGCCGGUCUUGUCCUCUCGGCAUCAGGAUUUGUUCACCUGCUGGAGAAUUCCGGAGAUCCACCGCAUUUUGACAAUCCCCAGGACCUGUCCUAUUUUGACUGCCUGUACCUCUGCAUCGUCACAGUGGCGACAGUUGGUUAUGGCGACUUCACCUGCAGGACUAUUAUGGGCAGGGCCUUUAUGAUUGCCUUCAUACUGGUGGCGUUGGCAGUGUUUGCAAACGCCAUCCCCGAGAUUGCGGAUAUAGUGAACUCGCGAACCAAGUAUGGCGGCACCUACGUCAGACGGCUGGGAAAGCCACACCUAGUCCUGUGUGGACACAUCACUUUCAACACAGUUAAAAAUUUUCUCAGUGACUUUCUGCACAAAGAUAGGGAGGACGUAGUGACGCAGAUCGUCAUUCUUGAUCAACAGGAGCCUAACCUGGAACUGCAAGGAUUGCUCAAAAGAUAUGAAAAUCAGGUUCACUUCUUUCAAGUAAGCUGUCCUUUUUCAACCAUGCAUAUUCAUACUUUGCGCCCCAACUGCAACACAUACAGUUAG